AUGACAAAACACGCGGCACCCAAGAGUGAUCCCGUCGAUGUUGAACGCCCCUCGAAGCGCAUCAGGAGUAAUGAUGGAAAUUGCACGCCAUCUGCACUAAAUGAUGCAGGUGCAUGGCGUUUUCUAGAACGGUACCUCCAGUCCGAUCUGGGCUACGCACAGAUGGAAGACAGAUUGAUAUCUGAUGGCGACGACGCCGAAGCAACAAAAAACUUGGCCGCCCUGAAAAAUAAAUACAUAGUACCCGAGACCUCUUCAUCAAGUUCGGUGCCCGCAGCUACAUUCAGAUCAAAGCGACGACGAUUGAAACAUUGUAUCUUCGUCGACAGUGAAGCAGGAGAAGGUGAGGAGGAAGAGGAAGAGGAAGAGGAAGAGGAAGAGGAAGAGGAAGAGGAAGAGGAAGAGGAAGAGGAAGAGGAAGAGGAAGAGGAAGAGGAAGAGGAAGAGGAAGAGGAAGAGGAAGAGGAAGAGGAAGAGGAAGAGGAAGAGGAAGAGGAAGAGGAAGAGGAAGAGGAAGAGUAA